AUGGCAGACCAAACUAGCAAUGGUGCAAGCGCGCCAUCCCGCCAGGAUGAGAUCCGACAAUUGACCAGCUCGGACGACGACAUAGAGAAAGCAUGGCAAAUGUGGCAGACCAUUUUCCCUGACUGGCCUAUUUCCCAGCAAAGAUUUCCAAAAAUCCUCUUCGGAAUUCCUGGAUAUCAUUGGAUUCAUGAAAAUGGACUUUGUCUAUCCUACAUCAUCGACGGUGUCUGUGGACGAAUCGCUACCGUUGGGGUGUUGCCAGAACAUAGGCGUCAAGGAAUUGGAAGCGCUCUCUUAGAGAAAGCCAAGAUUGGCUUGAGAGAUGCGGCUCGUGCUGAUGGUACGGGGUUGCAGUCUUUAGAGAUUGGAUCUAUCUUCCCUCGACUUUGGUGGCAGAUUCCGAACACAGUCCCCAAGGAGGUGAAGGAGUUCUUCUCACAUCGAGGCAUCUAUGACACUUCUCGUCCUAUUAGGGAUCUUUAUAAGGACGUGACCGAAACCAUUGCACCACCGGAAAUAAUGGAUCGUGUGUCAAAAACAAAAGCAACAUUCGCUCCUUGGUCAGCAGAUCUAUACGAAGAAUGCAUGACCAAACAAAGGGCCCAAUUCAGCUGGUCAGACGUCUAUGAAGCCCUCGCCUCACAAAAUCAACACGAUCAAGUCCUUGUCGCUUUCGAUCCAGAAACAAACGAGCAAAUCGGAUGGACUCUAAUGUGUUCCUACGACUCUGUAGUCAGCGACAUUUUUGCCUUUUUACCAUUACUCCCUUCUGGUGAGAAAACAGGUCUUAUCGCUGCCGUGGGCGUAGACGAAAAAGCCAGAGGAAAAGGUGUUGGCCUAGCCCUCGUGAUCAAAGCGAUGGAGAUAUUGAAAGAGAGGGGAACGGAGGGAAUUCUCAUCGAUGCAGUGGAGAUACAAGGAUUUUACGAAAAGCUUGGCUUUGAGACAUUUUGGGAGUACGAAGGAUGCGGUUUGGAGAUGCCGUGA